GAACUAUGCACAUGCGCUCCCAAUAGGCUUUGACCAUGCUGUCCAUGCGAACCUGAUAGGCUCUGUCCGUUGAUAGAAACAAAUUUUCUCUCAUUCCGCGAAGAGGCACGCUUGUCACGAUCAUGAGACACGGACACAGACACAGUAUGCAUCCACCUCUUACGCAUCCUCGGCGGAAUCUUCUCUUCGUUGACGUCCAUCGAGUCGGGACUAGAGCCUGCACAAAUAAAUAAAAUACUGGGCAUGAGCAAGUCUGGGUUAAGGGGUAGAGGGGUGGGGUAUGGUGGAUGAGCGCACGCUGAGAAAAGAAAAAUACGCGCCGCAGAGCGAACACACCAAAGGUCAAAAGACAGAAGAGCAAACUCACCAUCGCCCUCCACGUCCACAUCUGUGUCCACAUCUGACUCCUCCAUCGCACGUCCCUUGCCCUUCCUAUCGCUUGUCCUCGUGGAAUUCGAAGUUCGUGGCGCACUCGAGGCAGAAAUCAGUAGGACGCCAAUUUGACGGUCCUCCAUUGGGUCCCAAGUUCGAAGACCCAGUAGGAGUAUUGAAACUUGAAGGCCACACGUCAGGUCCUGCACUCAAUAACCCACCACUCGACCCAGCACCAAACCCUCCAGUCGACCCAACCCCAAAACUGACCCCUGAUCCCGAUGGAACCAUCUCCACACCACCAACGCCCCCACCAAACGGCACUUUCUCCCGCGUCCUAAAGCCGCGCUUCGCACCGAUUAGCGGACCGAGGUCUAUUUUCCGGGUGAAAGUGGAUGAUGAUGGUGUGUUCCCAUUCAAACCGUUUGUGUUGAAAUUGGCGCCACCGUUCCCAUUGGUACUAGUUGGGUUCGCGUUCAUCUGGAUCCCAAGACCUACCGCACUCCGCCCAUACUCAUGUCCCCAAUUCUCCUUGUCUGAGCUCGACCCAUCGCCCGAAUCUGCCUUCCCUGCCUGCCUUGCCCCAUUCCCAUUCAUCAUCCCGAUGCCUAUACCAUUCGUUGUCUCGGCACCAUUCAUCGCCCCAGCGCCUACACCAUUCAGCCCGACACCUGUGCCAUUCAUAGGCUGCUCUGACGCACGCGUAACACUAGAUGCAUCAAGCUCGCCGUCAACAUACUGCGCCAUGACGUUCAAUACGCAGUCCCUUGCGCGGGCACCGCAUGCGCACGUUGUGAAUGUGGAGCUGAGGGCAUGGAGGAUUGAGGUCAUUUGCGCGCGAAGGUGAGUUAGGUGGUACGUCCUGUUCGUGAGGGUGGGUCAGUAAGGGAUGUAGGACGAGGAAAGGGAGUGG